AUGGUCCUGCUACACCUCACGCCCGCGCUUCGGAGCCGACUGGACGCGCUGGCACCGCGAUUGCCGGGGGAGUUGAGGGCGCAGGUCGGGGCGUUCUUGGUGGACGAGGCGGAGGUGCGGACAUCGAGCGGCGAGCAGGCAUCGGGUCGGCCGGGCGCUGUGGAAGCUAUGAAGGAGCAGGGACAGCGGACCGUCCCGCAUGAGCUGCUGGCGCGGGUGUCGAGGUGGGCAAGAGGAAAGGAGGACCUGGAGGACCCAGAUCUCUACCGCCUCGCAAGCUUGCUGCGCCUGACAGACGUGUACGCUCCGCCUGUAGCGCCUCGAGAGAAGUCCCCCGAGCUACUCGCCAUACUCGCCGACAUCCAGCUGCAGCAAGACCGCCGCUCCUACGCCGCCCUGACCUCCCUCGCGCCCGCUCCGCAUCCCUCCCUCAUACCUCUCGACGACCCCUUCUCCGCCAAGACGCCAGCGGAAGAGUGGCAGGAGAUCAGGAGGGAAGUGAGUGCGAUCGCGAACGUUGGGGCGAGUAUGUUGGCGGUCGGCACGGGAGUUUGGUGGGUUGGCGGAGGACGAAGCUAUGCGGCGCGCCUCUGCCUCGCCUUGUCGGGCGCUCUCGCCAUCGCCAUCAUCGAAGGUUGGCUGUACUGGCGCUUCUUCUCUCGCUUAGACCCAGCGCCCAAAGCGAGUGCAAGUGCUGGGAGAACAGCCGCGCGAGCUGGAGGAGCCAAACGAGGACUUCCACGGAAUUGGGACAGUCGGGCGAAGAAGCAGGAGUAA